AUGGCAAGGCAGCGGCCGCCUGCCCCAAAACCCAGCCGCACCUACGGGGAGCUGACGAACUGCACGGCGCUGAUCGCAGAGAGACUUGACUGCUACUGGCCCAACCAGCUGGUGGAUGAGUUCUUCGUGGCCGUUCACAAGCAGUACUUCAGGAACUGCUCCUCCUCUGGCCGGGCAUUGCACGACCCCCCCAACAGUGUCCUCUGCCCCUUCAUCCUACUCCCCGUCCUUGUCACCCUGCUGAUGACCGCGCUGGUGGUGUGGAGGAGCAAACGCAGCGAGGGCAUCGUCUAG